AUGGAGGUUUCACAAGGUUUAAUGAAACUGGGGAACUCAACAGUCUUUGUGGCUGUUUAUGCAGAUGAUGUAAUUCUAACUGGUACCAACUUGGAGGAAAUCACAGAAUUGAAGGCUUUGGUGCAUAAUCAAUUCAGGAUAAAGGAUCUUGGAAAGUUACACUACUUCUUGGGGCUAAAAAUAUUGUACAAGGGUGAUGGAGUACUAAUCUGUCAAAGAAAAUUCACUAUGGACCUGCUGAAAGAACUGAGCAAAGAUGAAGGAACCCUGUUGCCCAACCCAGGGUGCUAUAAGAAGCUGGUUGAAAAGCUGAAUUUCUUAACAAAUACAAGACUGGGCAUAGCUUACAGUGUCCAACAUCUGAGCCAAUUUAUGCAGGCACCAAGGGAACCUCACCUAAAGGUAGUUGUUCAUGUCCUUAGAUAUCUAAAGAAAGACCCUACUUUGGGAAUCUUCUUGUCCAAUGACCCCAGCUAUAAUGUAAGUGCUUAUUGUGACUCAGAUUGGGCUGCCUGCCCCGAUUCAAGGAAAUCUGUGAGUGGGUACAUUGUGUUACUUGGGGAUAGCCCAAUCCAGAAGGACUUACCAGCUAUACUCCUCAAGGAAAAGCGGAUCAAACAAUAA